UCUAGGGGGCCAGUGCUGUGCCGGCUCUCAUGGAACAUGGAGGCUUUCUACGAGGACAGCGAGAUAUUCGUGACCGGCGGCUCGGGUGUGGUGGGCAAGGCUUUGAUUGAGAAGCUGCUCCGUUCCCUCAAUGUCCGACGCAUCUACAUCCUGCUGCGUCCGCGGCGACAGCUUACGGCGGCGCAGAGACUCCUGCGGCUGCGCCAGGCCACCAUCUUCCAUGUGCUGGCCAAGGAGAAGCCCGAAGCUUUGGAUAAGCUGGUGGCCGUGCCGGGGGAUGUCUCCCUGCCGGGCUUGGGCAUCGAGCCCGAGAUGAUUGAGCUUAUGAAGAACGUCUCCUUGGUGUUCCACUGUGCAGCCACCGUGCGGUUUGAUGAGCCUUUACGGGUGGCCUUGCGGCUGAAUGUGGGCGGCACUUUGGAGGCCAUGAAGUUCGCUGAGGGUUUGCCCCGUCUAAGGAUCUUUGUGCAUGUAUCCACGUUCUACAGCAAUCCGUACUUGAAGCGGGUGGAGCCCAAGUACUACUCCUCGCCCAUGGACUGGCGGCUGUGCCUGCGGCUGCUGGACGAGGUGCCAGACGAUAAAAUGCUCAAUGCUUUGACGCGCAAGUUGAUUGUGGGCUUUCCCAAUACGUACACCUUCACCAAGAACCUGGCCGAGUCCCUGGUGAAUGACUACCGGCAUCGCUUGCCGCUGAUUGUUUACCGUCCCUCUAUAGUUCUCUUCGCCUUGGAUGAUCCUUCGCCCGGCUUCUCGCCCUCGCUGAUGGGUGCCAUGGGUCUCUUUGCCAUGGUGGGCGCUGGAGUCCUGAAAUCUGUCUAUCUGGGCAGAGAUGUCCGGCUGGAUAUAACGCCCCAGGACUUGGCCAUCAAAAGUAUACUGUGCUAUGCCAGGCACGGCUACCUGCUCUACCAGCAGGGUCCUCCCAAAGAGCUGCCGGUGUAUUUAUCCUCAUCCUGUGGCUACAUCCCUCACACCUUCACCCAGAUGGCCCAGCAAAUGGAUGACCUAAAUCUGUGGAUGGAUGUACCCUUCGGGCUGAACCUGAUGAUACCGGGCUGCCACUACACGGACAAGCGUUGGGUCUACCAGUUGCUUAUCUUCACCAAGCAGAUUGUGCCCGCUCUCAUCAUUGAUUUGCUUCUGAGGAUCUUUGGAAAGAAGCCACAGCUAAUGGGUGUGGUACGGAAGGCCUAUCAGACGCUGGAGGUGAUGCAGCCCUUCAUGUUCAACAAUUACGAUAGCCCGGGGGUCACGGACAAGGAGAAGCUGAUCAGAGAGAAUGAGGGCACCGCCUUCAACAUAGAUGCCUUCAACGAACCGGAUAUUCAUGCCCAAGUAAUCAGCACCAGCAGGACCAUGUUGUACAGCAUCCGUGCCGACCUGUUGCACGAGGACCCCAAAACCAUAAAACGCUCGAGAAUCAUCUUGAGGACCAAGGUGAUUCUCUACCAGGUCUUCCGGCUCUUUCUUAUGUACAAGCUCAUCCGCUGGCUCUGGAGAAGCUACCUGGGGCAGUUCUUCUAGAUCUAAAACUAUUCUCCCUUUUUUUGCGUUAGUUUUAAUGCCAAUUAAAACCUCAAAAGAUCUUUAGUAAAGCUCUUCCCAGGAUCCCAAAUAAUA